AUGGCUCACUGUUUUGUCAGCGAUUUUUGGCCCCCUUCUGUUCAAUCCUCAUGGGUGGAUAGAUGUCAUUCUUGGCCCCCGCCUCAUGUUGUUCAAGACAUCAUCCAAAAUGGAUGUCACCUUGUAGCAAUAGGGCACAAAAAAGGAAAGCUUAAGGAAGUUAGAUGGAGAAUUUCAUUCUCAUGUGCUGAGGAAAAACUUGUGCACUCAGUGAAUCAUUGCCAAUUCUUAACUUAUCGCUUACUUAAGCUGUUCUUAAAAGACGUAGUUAAUAGUGGCGUGGAUGACGAUGACAAAUUAUUAUCUUCCUAUCACAUGAAGACAUUAAUGUUUUGGAUAAUUCAACAAAAUACAAUACCAGUUUGGUGUCCACAAAAUCUCCUGCAGUGUUUCUGGACCUGUUUUGAACUUCUUCUGAAAUGGGUUUCUAAGAGAAUUUGUCCUAACUUCUUUAUUCCAGAAAACAACUUGUUCCUAAGUAACAUCCACGAGGAAGCUCAAAGAAAUUUGUUAGACAGAUUGAAUUCCAUACGCAAUAGAGGUUUAGUAUCGCUGUUUUACAGUCCUUUUAUGGGGCACAUUUUAACGGGUCUUAAUGAUCAAACAAUAUUCAUUUGUACAGAAGAGCAGGCGUUAAUUUCCGAGGAUGAAUAUGAUCUAGAACUAUUUAAGCAGGCUAGCUUUUAUGAUUGUACUAUCAACUGCAUUAAUCUAUAUUACAGAAUGAAAUAUCUGAAUUUAAUAGAACAGUUGAUAACUUAUCCUCAAACACAGCCCAGAUUUGCAGUGUUACAAAAACUUACAGUCAUCAUCCUUCGGAAAAAUGCGUUUGAAAUCUCAUUUAAUACAAGUGGUAAUAAAAAGCUGUAUAUUGUUGACAGAAUGUCCUGUCACAUGCUAAAAUUAGCAGCUAAAUUUGGUUGUAUAUCAGACAUGCUGUACAUUGCAAUAUAUUAUUACCGGACACUUAGAUACCAGGACGCUUUAAAGGUUAUAAACACAACAAAGGUUAAACUAGCGAAGCCAUAUGUGAUGUACCAUACAACUCGAAAUGAAGAGAGGUACUGUGACGCUGUAGGGGGACAAUCAUGGUCUACGAAAUUAAGACAGGCAUUGGCAUGGCAUAUCAGGCUUGAUUUAAAAAUCUGUUACAUGAACAUGAUGAAUGAAUUAAUACCAGAACUACAGUGUUGCUUUAUUUUUGGUAAUCAUUUGUUUUGUUACACUUGCCAGAGUUCUUAUGCUAUAGACAAAAGGAUACAACGAAAGCACAAAAAGCACUGGAUGAUCUCGGGAUCCUACUUUACGAUGAUCAUGACAUGUAUCUAUACUGCCCUCUCAACGACUUAUCAUGGCAGGUCUUGGGAAUUUGUGAACAGAUUGCAGGGAAGUUUAGAGCUGCUUUUAUUCCUACCAACGAUCUUACAGGCAAUUUCCGACUCACGAUUUAAAAAAUGUUUCAUUGAUGAGAAUACACAGUAUCGUUGGACAAAUAUAUGAGU